GAAUGUUGGCUAUUAAGCCCAAAACAAUAUUUUCUCACAAUUAAGUCCUUAACUUACACUUAAAUAUUCCCAAAAAUUUGGGAUAUUACACUCACCCCUCCUAAAAAGGAGUUUUGUCCCCAAAACUCAAAUUGAGGACCAUAUCAAGUGGUGAAUGGCUUCACACAAUCCAAGGCAAAACAAAUGCCUCAUCACUUUCUAGGAACAGAACAUGACCUAUUACGCUUCCGCUGCGCCACUCUGAAAACAAAUCACGACUAAUCUUAAAAGCAGAACACUAAUUACUUAACAGGAUUUACCAUUAAAUGAGCUACUAGAGGCUAGGGUGAUAUGGAAAGCACAAGGAACAAAAAUAAAUCCUACCAAAGCCACAAAAGAACAAUUGUGGGGUUACGCUUCGAACCCAUCACAAGACGAGUCGGCAAAGAAUGGCAUGGAUUUAAUGACGAGCACAACAAAAUUUUAAACUCUUAUCAAAGACGGAUAAGCAUCCAAUAAAUAUAUGAAUCAUGAAUGAAUGAACAAGUGCAUGGAUGCCUUAUACAUUCUGCCACAACAAGGUUAACCAAUAAACAUGCUCAUGUUUAACAAAGCAAUUGGAAUCAAGAAACAGAUUUUAGCAGUUAACAAGAGUUAAAAGCUGGACCCAUCAAAAGACAUGUAAGAAUCUCAAGAAUUGCAACAGAAUAAAAUCAAUGGAAAAUAUGAAU